AUGAUGGCCGCCGGCGCGGUGCACGGCCUCUUCACGGCCUCCGCGGCCCCGCAGCCGCCGCCGCCCCCGCCGCCGCCGCCGCCGCCGCAGCCCCAGCCUCCCCAGCAGCCGUCGCCGCCGCCACAGCAGCCGCCGCCGCCGCCGCAGCCGCCGCAGCAGCAGCAGCCGCCGCCCCAGGCCCCCCCCAUGGAGCCCGAGGCCCCGGAUUCCCGCAAGAGACCCCUCGAGACGCCCCCCGAGGUGGUCUGCACCAAGCGCAGCAACACGGGAGAGGAAGGCGAGUACUUCCUGAAGGUGCUCAUCCCCAGCUACGCAGCAGGCUCAAUCAUCGGCAAAGGUGGCCAGACCAUCGUGCAGCUCCAGAAGGAGACGGGAGCCACCAUCAAGCUGUCUAAGUCCAAAGACUUCUACCCAGGAACUACAGAACGGGUAUGCCUAGUACAGGGCACGGCAGAGGCCUUGAAUGCUGUCCACAGCUUUAUCGCAGAAAAGGUCCGAGAAAUCCCUCAAGCGAUGACCAAGCCUGAGGUGGUCAACAUCCUUCAACCCCAAACCACGAUGAACCCCGACAGAGCCAAGCAGGCCAAGCUCAUCGUCCCCAACAGCACGGCGGGACUGAUCAUCGGUAAGGGAGGAGCGACCGUGAAGGCAGUGAUGGAACAGUCCGGCGCGUGGGUGCAGCUGUCGCAGAAGCCCGAGGGCAUCAACCUGCAGGAGCGCGUGGUGACCGUGAGCGGCGAGCCCGAGCAGGUGCACAAGGCUGUGAGCGCCAUCGUGCAGAAGGUACAGGAAGACCCGCAGAGCAGCAGCUGCCUCAACAUCAGCUACGCCAACGUGGCGGGGCCCGUGGCCAACUCCAACCCCACCGGCUCGCCCUACGCCAGCCCGGCUGACGUGCUGCCCGCCGCGGCCGCCGCCUCUGCCGCUGCUGCCUCGGGUCUGCUGGGCCCCGCGGGGCUGGCGGGCGUGGGCGCCUUCCCCGCCGCGCUGCCCGCCUUCUCGGGCACCGACCUGCUGGCCAUCAGCACGGCGCUCAACACGUUGGCCAGCUACGGCUACAACACCAACUCGCUCAGCCUGGGCCUCAACUCCGCCGCCGCCUCCGGCGUCCUGGCCGCGGUAGCCGCAGGCGCCAACCCCGCAGCCGCCGCCGCCGCUAACCUCCUGGCGUCCUACGCGGGCGACGCCGGGGCGGGGCCGGGGGCGGGGGCAGCACCGCCACCGCCACCGCCCCCCGGAGCGCUGGGUUCCUUCGCUCUAGCCGCUGCGGCCAAUGGCUACCUCGGUGCGGGCGCGGGGGGCGCGGCUGGAGCGGGGGGCGCGCCCCUGGUGGCCGCCGCGGCUGCGGCCGGGGCUGCCGGCGGCUUCCUGACGGCCGAGAAGCUGGCGGCCGAGAGCGCCAAGGAGCUGGUGGAGAUCGCGGUGCCCGAGAACCUGGUGGGGGCCAUCCUGGGCAAAGGGGGCAAGACGCUGGUGGAGUACCAGGAGCUGACGGGCGCGCGCAUCCAGAUCUCCAAGAAGGGCGAGUUCCUGCCCGGCACGCGGAACCGGCGGGUCACCAUCACGGGCAGCCCCGCGGCCACGCAAGCCGCUCAAUACCUCAUCAGCCAGCGGGUCACCUACGAGCAGGGGGUGAGGGCUUCAAACCCGCAGAAAGUGGGAUGAGGCCUGUGGUGUGCGUCCCCACCCCCUCCCGCUCCUUCUCCCUCCUCUUCCUCCUCUCCCAACUCCCGCCAGACUUGAGCUUGGUGUGACUCCUGCUUGGCUUGGGAUGGGGCUGGGUAGGCCUGGCUGCACCCUCCCUUCUGGUAGUCAUAGGCAGGAUUGAGUGACGGCUGGGAAGGGGGCUUUUGAGCCCCCUUCCCAGCCUUGAACUGACCCCCCUCCUCCCUCCCUCCCUCUGCUUGACUGGACCUGACCCACCUCUCCCGGGGUCCAGGUCUAUGUGAUAUCUGUAUAUAUUGCAUUUUGUUGAUUUUAAUAGAAAACAAAGCGUUAUUUUCUCUUUCUUUCCCUCCUUUUUUUUUUCUUUUUAACUUUUUCUUCUUUUUUUGAUAAGGACCCCCACUCCUUCAUAAGAUUUUUUUUGUUGACAUAUGGGAGGAGGGGAGGGAGCCUUCAGGUCACCUGGAAUGAGGUGCCUCUCCCAAACACAACAUCCUGCCUCUCUGAUUGCAGUUCCAGAACCUGGGGAAGAGACACGAGUAGGAGUAGAGUUAGCCACCCAGGAGUCAGAGCUGAAAUGAGGGGUUUGAAACUCUCCCCCGCCCGAGCCCCCAGGAUUUCCACAUUUCCUCAGCUCCUCUAUCGCCCUGCAGUAUUCCCUCGAGUGGAAGUGUAACUUUCUUCGUUGAGCUGAGAUUCCUGCUGGGAAUGACUCCAGCUCCAGGAUGCUUCAGGUCCUGUGAGCCACACUGUUGUGACAGGCGCAGGAGCAGCUGGCUGUAGCUUCUUAUGGCUCUUCCUAGAAGAACGAGGGUCCCUGUUGUGAUGUCACUGAAUCAAGUAUUUACGGGGUGCUUCCAGUAACUCCCUAUGAUGUCAUAGGCAGUAUUUCCUCAGAGGCUGCCGCUUCUGGUACUGGUUAGAGAAAAUCAUUUCCUGUGAGGUCACUUCUGUGAUGCCAGGGGCAGGGGCAUGUACUUCCUGUGCAAUCUCGAGAUCACUUCCUGUGGCAUCAUAGGGAUGAAGCAUGCGCUUCCUGUGUUGGACAGUUGCCAGUUCCUAAGAUUUCCCCCUCCUCUCUCUACACUCCUCUUUGGUGGGUGUUGGCCCUGGGCGAGGGGGAAUCCCUAGGAAGAAUGGGACUUGGAUUUAACAUGGAGGAUUCUGAGGGGAAAAAUACUGUCAGGGUCAUCUCCAUCCAAACAUGCCAUCUAUGAACUUGUCUUCACAGGCAAGAACGGGAGACAAAGCUAGUGAAAAUGAAUGAUUGCUAAAGAUCCCCCCUUCCCACCCCUGCCUUUUGUGUGCAUGCCUGUGUCUACGUGGUUUCAUUUCAUUGAUGGAUGAGCCAAAUGUAUGGUGGCUCUGUCAGGCCAGUGUGAUCUGGUGUAGAGUUCAGUGAGCCUUGCAAAGUUUAGGGUAUCUCGGGCUGAAAUGCCUUGUGUGGUCUGCCGAAUUUGACUGGCUUGGCGGCUUCCAGGGAGCUGGUGAUCUGCUGCUGCUGAUCCUGAUAGGUCAGAAAUGUUCCGUGUGUGUGCUCAGCUUAGACUCAGGAGCUAGGAGAAUCUCUGGAAGCAUGACAAACAAGGCUACCCUGGGAGAUGUCUUGGGAGUAGCUCACUUGGCAUGGUGGCUCCAGUCAUCUCUGCAGAGUCAGCUCUGAAGAGUCAGGGCCUGAAAAACCUAUAGACUAGGAUUGCUGAGACAUCCUCCUGUCCCCGCCCAUUGCCCCCUCCCUGUUGGAGAACACCUUCGGUUUCCUCCAAGCCCAAGCAGGGUCCUCAGAGCCCUGGCUCCAUCAUCAGCAUCUCUGGGGGAGGGACACCCCAUGCCCGCUCCCUCCUCCAUCCCUUCCUAGGUCUUCCAGACCCUGCUCUUCUCCAUGGCUUUGGGGACAUCUGGCCUCCUUGUUUCUAUCCCUACAAAGGAGCUUGGAGGAGAGACACCACCCAGACGAUGCCUACUACACCCCUGAAGCCUGGGAGGCCCCCUACCCCAUGCUAGAGAGCCACCCCCAAAUCAAAAUGUGAAAAUCCCUAGAAAGCAAUAGCCUUCGAGGUACCUCGCACUGACUCCCCCUCCCCCAGCCCUUCCACAGGAAUGGGAGGCUACAGCCUAGCACUGGGGUGACUUUUUUUCCAUGUCCUCAUUUCCCCAGUGAGGGGCAGGCCCCAUUUCCUUGACACACACACCCCCAUCUCCCACCUCCUAUCGCUGCUGCCCCCUUACUCCUAAUCUCCACCCUGAGCCCAGAUGGAGAUUUUAGUGCCAAAACAAUUCUUGAUACCACUUUGUACAUAUCUUCUACAGUUCGGGGCUGUUGGGAUUGGAGGUGGGGUCGGGCCCACAGGGUCACUGCUCCCCUCCACCCUUAAAUGACCUUACUUACAGUAUUUCAUGUAGCUCCACCUGCAUGUGGGUAGUAAAGUAUCUAGCUGGAAUCUCCCCCCCCCCAUAAAACCCUCAGGCCCCAUGAGGAGGGGAAGGAACAGGGGUGAAACAAGGUCCCAGAUGGGUAGGUGGGAUAGAAACACCAUUUGUAAAUCAUCUGUGUCCUCCCCUGGGCAGCCUGCUUUCCAUUAGCCCAUUGGCUGGAGUCCGGGGCCAUUCCCUGUGUGACAUGCCCGUGUUCUCAGGGAUCCGUUACCCCACCAGCCAGGGCUAUCUGAAUGGUAGCUGGCUAGCUUAGUAAGCUGGUCCGCUCACCGUGUUGGUGAGUGAGGAGCCACACACCUCCCCAUCCCCAGUUACCCUAGGAAAUCCCAUCACCUUCCCUAUCCCCUGAAAAUCCCUUCUGAAAUCUAACCUCAGUCUUUCUGCUGUAGUUGGUCCAGAAGGGAUACAUAAUGCAGGCCAAGGAUAGUAAUUAUUUUAAAUAAUAGUAAUAGCAAAAAAUCAUUCUCCACCCCUUCUGCCCGUUAGCCAAUCAGAUCGCAAAGGAUCUGACUGGCCUCCUUGCAUCCCACUCUUCAGCACCAGUAGGUGCUUAAUAAGUUAGUGUUGCCUGCAUUGAAUUGACUCCUUCCUCAUCUGCCCUCCAGCUGCCGAUACCCCGCCCCCAGCAUUCUCCUCUCUAAAUCAUUUCUCUGCCUCCCUAAGGCCCACUGGGUUUUCCUCUUGUGGUUGCCCCUCCCCCCACGGUUCUCUGUCCUGUCUCUACCUUUGUCUGUAUUCUUCCCCUCCUGAAUUCGACUCUUUCAUUUCCCCUUUAAAAGCAAAAAGUGCCAAACUUCCUCGGAACUGAGCCGAUCUGGGGGAGGAGAGGAUCUUACACGGAGGGGAGGAACCACCUCUCUUAGUGGGAGGGGGGCCUUAAGAGGCAAAGAAAACACUUUGGGACGCUGAGCUAAAUUGGAUCCCCUUCCUCGUUCCUCUCGCCCUGAGUUUUUUCUUAGAAUCUUUAUAAGAAAAAAAGAAAAAGAGAAAAAAAAAACAUUUUCAACUAACCCCUACUUUUUUGGAUUCCCCUCUCCCAAAUUCCACCAGCCAAGGAGAACCCCUUUUGCCUUUUUCUGGGCAAAUCCAUAGAAACUGGGGAUGGAGAGAGAGACUCCACCCUCUUUUGCUGGCCCAACGAGGUGGUUGAUGGGGAGGGACCUCAAAGCAUUUGUGACAAGAGGGGUUCAAAGUGCCAAAUUUCACCUUCUUCAUCCUGUCUUGGGCAGGGUUCUGAGCCAGCCUGCCCAGUCGUCAGCUUUGCCCUCUCCCAGCCAUCUCUACAUGGGCGGGAAAAUUUUGCCGCAAUAAUUAACAGGGCAGGGAUUGGAAGGCAGGGAUUUUGCUCUGUCUGUACUGGAGUUGGAGGUGGGAAUUUUGGGAGCGGGGCAAGAGUCUUACAAAUGGUUGGGGACCUAUACUCGGAAUAUUACGGUACCACUUGUUUUCCCACGGUAUAUUUUUUUCCCUCCACUCUUGACCAACCAAAUCCCUUGGAAUAUCGGACCCCUGUCCCCACCCCAGUUCUGUUUCUUCAGCCCGUCCCUGUGGCCGACACCAUCCUUAUUACUUUAUGGCUAGCUGGUCUCCAGCUAUUUGAAAAAGGAGAGGAGGUUCUCUCCCUUGCGUGGACUCUUGCGGUUUUGAGCCUAAGAUAACAGGUUAAUUUGCAAAAGCGUUCACCAGAGCAGCGGUGAAAGUGGCAAUCUAGGCGUCCAGGAUGCUCCACUAGGUUGUACACCUGUUGGACAGCUAGACAGGCCUUCUGCCCAGUGCAUCCACCCCAAGCGCCGUCCGGAAUUGAGGCCGGCGUUGUCAAAACCUGAACUGGUUGUCACCAUGAGGGAGAACAGAAUCGCAAUACCCAGGUCGGGGAAGUGGGGUGGGGCAGGGAAGCCUGGUUUACGCUUUGUGGAGUGUGGACACCGAGCCUUGCUGUCCGAGCCCUCUUCACCACAAUCAGCGGUCUUGAUGUCCCAGCUGGUGUGUCCCUUCCAUCGGGUCCCCACGGCUCUCAAUUGUGGCAUGGACGACCUCCAGCUGAGUGGCAGGACGGAGGGAAAGUCUCUGGAGGGUGGUGGUGGUGAAGAUUGCUGGUUUUUAACCCCUUCUCAGACAGUCUAGGACACUCGUCUUUUUAGAAUUAAUAUAGGGAGACCCUCCUCCUUCCUCCCUUUCCCCCACCUCCCUCCCACCCCCACAAAACCACCAAUCUCUCAUCUAAGUGACUCCAUCACAACCGGCCACCACUGGAACCUGCGGCCUCAUUGCUCCAGCCCGCCCCACUCGACCGUCAGACUCGCUCCAUCGAACUCUUUUGAUUAACCCUUUCUGUGUUCAUCCCACGGAAAACCUGUGUGUCCGGCAGGGAGGCCAGGGGGGUGGAUGAUAAGGGCAGUUGCAACCUUUCCUCCAUCUCCUCCCAGCGCCCAUGCCUCCCCAUGCCAUGCCCCCAUCCCUAUCCCUCACCCCUUAGGAUCCGCCUCCUCUGGGGGCACAGGGAUCUUCUAGAAAUACCUUUGCUGUUUGGCUUUGCAAAGGCGGGCCUAGGGGCGUGGCCUCCCCAUCGGAGAGCUCACUCUGGCCGUCCUCCUCGUUGCCCCCACCCACUCCCCACGCCUUCAUUGUAAAUAGUCACUUUUGUACUUGGUUUGAGCCAGGCGACGACGUGGGGAGUCUCAGUCAGUCUCUCUCUCUCUCUCUCUCUCUCUCUCUCUCUCUCUCUCUCUCUCUCUCUCUCUCUCUCUAUCUCUCUCUUAUUUGUGUUGGCAUCUCAAUUACUGGAGGCAUGGUCCACAUCCCGGUUCGAUUUGGGGAUUUGGGAGAAACCCAAGAUGUGCCCCGCCAAAAUGUUAAAGGUUUUGAGAGAACAGUAUUAACUUGGACAGGGCUGGCUGGAGUGCACAGGUCCCCCGACCGGGAGGAGGGAGAGGAAGCCUUUGUUCUUGAAAUUCUGUGAAAUGGGUUCAUCCUCCAAGUUCCCUGAAAAACCCCUGGGGGGGGGGGGGGGCUGAGAAUUGAAUCCUCUGCUUCCUCUGUUGGAGGCAGGCUCAGAAAGAAUGGCUUUGGGAUGGGGCUGUCUUUGGAGAACUGACUGCUGAAUUCUUCCUGGGACCUGAAGCUAAUCUCUGGUAGGCUUGUUUUCUUGCAAAGAGGUAGUCAGAUGAACGUCAAAGGUUCCUCUCCAACCCUUAAAGGAAAGAUGAAAGCCCCCGCGGCUGGCCCCUGCCUGAUCCACUCUGCCGCAUUAUAGUUUGGGGGUAGGGUGGGCAGUGAAGUGGCCAUGCCUCCAGUUUCUCCAUUCAACCCCCUCUUAACUGAUUUCCUUUCAUCUUCUUCGACCAGCGCCGCAGCCCACUUUCUCUCCGCCACCUCCAGAAGCUCUUGGCUGGGGUCACCGCACUCUCUUCCCUAUCCCCCCAUCGCCAUGCCUGGGCCAUGCCCACCUCUCCCAACCACUCACCCCCCCCCCAGUGUCCGUUGUGUGACCUAGUGCACCAUGUAUUAGCUUCCAUGGACCCCCCACCCACCCACUCCCCGCUCCCACCACACCCCUCCCCCACCCCUUCUCCCUCGGCGACUUCACCUUUUUUUGCCGCGAUAAACGUCAUCUCAGCAUCUGUGUCUAAUGUUGUCUUUUUUGCUUGGCAUCACACGCCUUCUUAACCCAUCCCCUUCCCUCUCCCUCCUCCCUGGCACCUCCACCCUCAUCCUCAACUCUUUUCCCCCUGUCCCUCAUCCCCCACCCAGGGCUCUGGGCAUUUAAGGGAGGGGGGACCUUUAAAGAUGGUCUCAGAGGAGGGAGGGAUGUGUUCUCUGAUUUGGGUGAACAAAUGAGAGUAAGCAUGGCCAAAGACAGUAAGUGUUUCAAGGCUGAACUUGUCCAUCCAAUGUCCAAUCCUGGGAACGAGGGUCACCACCAGCCACACAUACACAGAACCCACAGACCCUCCUGGACGCCCAUGUCCACAGGGAGCAGCUCCUCGAAUCCAGUAGCAGCAGGAUAGCCCCGGGGCCAGGUGCUUGGAGUGAUGUGAGGCCCCACCUCAGAUCCCUGAGAUUUUGCCCGUCUGAGCCACCAACCUUGCCAACUGUAGAAUGAAAAGUUUUUUUAAUGUUAUUUCUACAUCAAUUGUUUAUGCUUGAAUUUAAUACAUCAUUCACUUUUUAAAGAGUUUAUUAAGCACCUACUAUGUGUAAGGCACUGUUCUAAGUGCCAGAGUUAGAAAAAUGAACUAAACAGACCCAAACGUGUCUGCCUUCAGGGAA